CUGCGCUGCAGACCGCCACGUGCACGCUGCCUGGCAUGAUGAAACCCGUGCCUGGUACGGUACAGAGCUUUAGGUUUGACUCUCCCUCAGCCCCGCCGCUUUGUAGCCGAGGUGGUUUUCUGAACUUUACGGUAAGGGUCUUCCCGGCCCCUCCCCGCUUGGCCGCUAAACUGCAGGGCCAAUGUGGCGCUGCGCGUCGCCAACUCCCUCCUUCGCGCCCGACGCUUCGGGCGGCGAGAGAGCGAGCGAGCGGCUUUAAAAUGUCCAAGCUGGAUCCAAUUUGCCAGCGCGGGAGCGAGAGGAUGAGGGGGACGUCUCUUCGCCUGGGCUGAGGCAGCCUUGACGGACGGACGAUGAGGCUCUCUUGCAAAGUAGUGGCCCUGGCGCUCUGCCUGGCCCUCCUGCUGCUCCUCUACCUCUUGGUGGGCAACGCCGACGAGCCGCCUUUGCGAGCGGAGGUGGGGGAGAGCCCCUCGGGACCAGUGGUCGCCGGGAACGACGUAGCCCCGCUGCUCCAGACUCGCUUCCGACCCGUCCAGCCGGCGGAGCCAGAGAAGGAAAAGGCGGUUCGGGUUUCUAAGCGGGAGCCACGUCCCCAUCGAAAAGCAGGCAAACGCAGCGCGGGUCGAGUCAGAGGGAAGGCAACGAGCCUUCGGAGACCAAAGGACCAAAAGCAUUCUGCAACCCAGUUUUCUUCGGUGCAAUGGAUGCAUCUUGCAGUUGUAGCAUGUGGCGACCGGCUGCUAGAAACUCUCAACAUGCUGAAAUCAGCAGUUCUCUUUAGCAACAAGAAGCUCAAAUUUCAUAUUUUUGCUGAGGAUUCCCUGAAGCCAGAGUUUGAGAAGAAAUUAAAAGAAUGGCCUACCUUUUUCUCAAAGAAGUUUGAAUACAAUGUUUACCCAAUCACCUUUUCAGUUGGAAACACUGAAGAGUGGAGAAAAUUAUUCAAGCCAUGUGCUGCCCAACGCCUCUUUCUUCCGCUUUCUCAACCAUCUGGGCUUUUUCCAAAGAUGAUUUUGAAGGAUGUGGAUUCCCUUCUGUAUGUGGACACAGAUGUCUUAUUCCUGCGACCCAUUGAUGACAUUUGGGGCUUUCUGAGAAUUUUCAAUGCCACCCAGCUGGCUGCAAUGGCACCAGAACACGAAAUACCAAAGAUUGGCUGGUAUAGUCGUUUUGCUCGCCACCCAUAUUAUGGAACCACUGGGGUGAAUUCUGGUGUUAUGCUAAUGAAUUUAACCCGAAUAAGAAAUACCCAAUUCAAGAACAACUUGAUACCAACAGGCUUGAAAUGGGAAGAAAUGCUGUACCCUUUAUACCAAAAGUAUAAAAAUUACAUUACGUGGGGAGACCAGGACUUGCUAAAUAUUAUUUUUUACUUCAAUCCAGAAUGUCUCUUCCUCUUUCCCUGUCAGUGGAAUUAUCGACCAGAUCAUUGCAUGUAUGGCAGUAACUGCAAAGGAGCAGAAGAAGAAGGCAUUUCAAUUUUGCAUGGGAAUCGAGGUGUUUAUCAUGAUGAUAAACAACCUACUUUCAAAGCACUCUAUGAAGUGAUACGUGAUUUUUCAUUUGAAGACAAUCUCUUCCAAAAAAUGUACUAUCCUCUCCAGUCCAAAUUCCUCAAUACUGUACACACUUUAUGUGGGAGAAUUCCACAAGUUUUUCUGAAACAAAUUGAGAGAACGAUGAAGAAAAUCUAUGAAAAACAUGUGAUUUUCAAUAUUGAAACGAAUUUCAGAUUAUAAUCGUAGCAAUAUAUUUUAAUAGAGCUUUUGUCUCCCAUCGUACCCUACCCUGGGCUGUGAACUAAAAGUUCUGUGCUGCUUUUUGCUGCAGUUCUGUAAACAGAAGAUGGAAUCUUGAAAAAUCUCUUUAAUGGAAAAUUGAUACAAUUUUGAAGAGUGAGUUUGGCCAUUUUUCACUUGAUGAAAUAUAGAUAUGGAUUAGUUGCUCUCUGUUAAAUCUCUAUGUGCAGGAUCUCAGGUGUCCUGUAAGAUAUUUGAAAAUCUAAUAUUGCAAAGAUUUUUGUGAAGGGUUUUUAAAAGUGGUAUCUGAUAUUGUAUUUGAUUCCAGGACAGAUUUAGAAUUUGUCCAGUUCAAUUUCUCAAAUAUAGUGUUUUUGUUAAUGUUUUUAUAUCUCCUGUAUGAUAUUCACGAGCAUAUACACAUCUCAAACAAAACUGAAAAAUACUUGGAUAUGCAUCACAAAAUUUUUGAGAUUUGCCAUAUGUUGAGUUUGCGCAACAUUGCUGUUGAAGGGAAAAUAACCUAAAAUCUGUAGUAGGAAUUCUGCUCCACUUGAACUUUUGAUUUGAGUUACUUUAUUAGAUAUAUUGGAAACUGAAUUCAAAUCAUAGAGAUGAGGAUUAAUUCAAAGUCAAUAAUGAAUUCUGGUAUGUUUCCAGAGCAGGUUUUUUUUAAUCAUUUUUGUGAAUUCAAAUUCCUUUUCAGAAAUUGAGUUCCAGUUAUACUUUUAUAGUAAACUAAAUAGUGUGAUUUUGAACAUAAAGGAAACAGUUAACUUUCUUGUCACAUAAAGUAUGUCUACCAUAUUUUGGUAUGUUUACAAAAAAUGUAAUGUUGCAUUAUAUUUUCGGUUGUCUUUUUAAAACAAGCAAACCUAAAAAUACUUUUUAUAUCUUCGCUUGCUUCAUAAAGGAUUUAAUGUUCUAAUAUUGAAUUAACAUUAACAGUUCUGCACAGUAUUAGUAGACUUAUGCAAUGAAAAAUAUCAGCUUGUGUUCUGUUCUUGUGGCAUUGCUGGUAGACUACAUUGCAAAUCUCUAAAGAAAAAAAUUAAACUAAUUAUAUAAAUAUAUUUACUGGAUAAGUGCUUAACUUGUUUAAACAAAUAGCUUGCAAUUUUCAGCACAUUUCAUAUUAUAAUUUUAAUAACAUUUUUCAAUGUUAUUAAUAAAUACAAAAUAUUAAUUACUGAUUUUUUUAAAAAUAACCAUUACAUAUAGAGCACGUAUAAAUACGGUAUUUAUGUCAACUUCCUCAUCUACAUGCUGUGUUUUUUUAUAUUAAGAUAUGAGAAGGGGAUUUUCUACCUGCCAUCAAAAUAACUGUAAACCAAGGUAAAUUAAGGUUACAGGACUGGAGAAACAAGGGUGAAUUUAUAUUCUUGUUUUAAUAAUUUUGUAAAAUUAUACUUUACUCUCUAACUGCUGCAUAGUUGCUUAACUAUUUCUGGUUGAUGGCUCAGUGUACAUUAAACACUGUCAGUAACUGAAUGGAAACACUCAAAUAAUAAAUUAUAAGGGCUGGAAUAAAUUAUGUACAUCUACAAUUAAAAGGAGAAUAGUUACAUUGAAAAACAGAAUAGCUACAGUUCCCAUCCUAAAUCUUAAUAUUAAAUACAUUUUUAUCUGCAAAAUAUUACCUAUAGCUGAUUGAUCCCUUGCAGACCUAGACAUGUCUAUACCUAUUGAUUUUAAGGUUGAAUGUGCCAAAAUUCCUUUUAGUGUUAACUCCAAGUACACUUGCUUUCAAUAGCUGCCAGAUUACUAUCUCAAAGACUUGAAGAGUCACAGUUCAAGAUAGAUAUAGUUCUUCAGAUAUGUGUAUGGAGAUUCUCAGGCAUCCAGGUCAUCUUUGUCCCAAAGGUGCUUUUUCAAAUGUGUUCUGAUGUGUAUGAAUUUAACCUUGAUUUGGAAGGAAUUUGUCCUUUUGCCAAAUUGCUUUAAGGAGUCCUUGGAGCUCUUUGAGCUUGGUUGUUUUCUAUCAAACUUUUCAUUACCCAAAUUAUUGUGUAAUGACUGCAACAGUCACUACAUAGGACAAGCAAGUAGAAGACUGAUAAAAUGCAUCCAUGAACACCAACUAGCAGUCAGAAAAUUCCUUAAUUGCACAACAUAUAGUCAGACUUAACUGGGAAACUGUAACUAUCCUAGACCAAGCCAAGUUCAAAAACACUAGGGAAUUUCUAGAAUUCUGGCACUCUGACAAAUUAGCCAUCAAUAGACACAGACAUAAACAAUAUCUCCAUAAUAUGCAAAAGAGACAAUCAACAAGCCAAAAAGGGAACAAAAAGACAGAAACAUCUCCCCACCAGUAAUUAGCACCCAGAUGAAUAUAGAUUAACUCCAAAAUUAAUAUUAGAACAAUCAAGAAGUAAACAAUACCCCAAUCAAGGAAUUCUCAAACAAGCUAACAGUAAACAGUCCAACCAAGUAACCUGUAAAAUCACUCCCACCAACACUGACAGGGCAAGUUACUAGAAUAUAAACUGAGAUCAAAACUGACUCCUUGCUAGCACUGAUAAUAUUACCUAGUUUGUGUAAUAAAGCAUCUGUCAAAAACCCCAACAACCCUCCAAGCUCAGAGGGCACAAAGGAUCGCUCAUUUCAACCCUGAGUUACAAAUACUCUCCUUUAUUGGCAAACUGCUUUAAUUUAUUAGAAUAGUAUCUUUAUAAUUUUCAGAAUUCCAAAUAGUCUCCAGAAUGUUGAUACACUUAAAAAUCCAUUCUCACCUUAUUUUUUUUUGAAUCCAGUCAUAGUCUAUGAAAAAAUAUUUUUUUUAGCACUAAGAAACUUCUUGAUGAGAUGUAGAGAUUUUGAUAUCCACUGCUUUUAAUCUUUGUUGAUAAUUGUAUAUCUAUAGGUUUCUACAUAGCAAACUCUUGCUGAUUUCCAUCUAAGUGGAAAAUGAAAAAUUGAAUUUGCAUUACUUGUCUCUGUGUAAAAUUGCAAUCAAUGUCAUGUCACUUUACUAACUUGUAUAUUUCUGUCUGAUGAAGUGCACUGAAUAUUUAUGGCUCCUAAGGAGGCAAUUAUAGUGUAUUUAAAGUCAUUUAUAAUUUUAGACCUUUCAGGUAAAUAAACCAACUUUCAGCAAAUAUGAGCCUCUGUUUUUCUAGAACAAAUUAAUAGUUGUGUUCAAUCUUGUAUACAUGCACACGGUUGUUCUAGCGAUGAAUAAUUUGUAUGAUAAAGUUAUGGUUGGUUUUGCAUGAAAAUAUUAAAGGUGUUUUCUGAUGUUGAUAUCCAAAGGAGCUAGAUAUUUGACAAUCUAAACAAGAUGAUCACAAAAAAGGAUUAAACAAAAAGAGUAUAGAGAAUAGAAGGUAUAAUGUGACAAGCUUCUGAUACUCUGAAUAGAUAAAGAGAAAAGGAUUAAUUUCAAAUGUAACCUGGGUCUUUAAGGGGAAAAUUAACAAAAAAAAAAGCUCUUGAAACUAGUGAAUAAAGCUAUCUUCUUGCUCGUACUAUCUUAUACAUCAGUAGGUGGAUUUUAAUAGUCAGUCUUGUCAUUAUCAAAAUCUCCUUAACUUCAUUUUUAUUUCUACUUGCUAAUUUAUUAGCAUUUUUAUUUCUACUUGCUAAUA